AUGGCAAAGGGAAAUCUUGUCUCUGAGAAAAUAAUGCUCCUUCUUGGAUUGGUUGCUUUGCAGUUGUGUUAUGCAGGAUUUCACAUUGUGUCGAGAGUUGCUUUAAACAUUGGUGUUAGUAAAGUCGUUUAUCCGGUGUAUCGAAAUGCGAUUGCCUUAGCUCUGUUGAGUCCUUUUGCUUAUUUUCUAGAGAAGAAUGAAAGGCCACCUCUUACUUUCUCUUUGCUGUUUCAGUUCUUCCUUCUAGCUUUAUUGGGGAUUACUGCCAAUCAAGGAUUUUAUCUCUUGGGGCUAAACUAUGCAUCUCCAACUUUUGCUUCUGCAAUGCAAAACUCAGUUCCUGCAAUUACCUUUGUGAUGGCUUCUGUUCUGAGGCUUGAGCAAGUCAACUUCAGAAGGAGAGAUGGUUUGGCAAAGAUUUUGGGAACCAUUGGAAGUGUUGGAGGUGCAACUGUGAUCACUCUCUAUAGAGGCCCUCCACUUCUCCACAACAACUACCUAACUCAAGGAAGUAGCAUCUUAGAGAUGGAUGACCCUUCAAUUAAAGUGCAGAACUGGAGAUGGGGUUGUAUUUACCUGUUAGGCCACUGCCUUUCUUGGGCUGGUUGGAUGGUUUUUCAGGCUUCUCUAUUGAAAAAGUAUCCAGCAAAACUAACAAUAACUUCAUACACAUGCUUCUUUGGACUGAUCCAAUUCCUAGUCAUAGCUGGCUUUGUGGAAACAGAUUAUCAAUACUGGAAAAUCCAAUCUGCUGAAGAACUCUUCACAAUCAUAUAUGCUGGUGUUGUAGCUUCUGGCAUUGUCUUCUCUCUCCAAACAUGGUGCAUCCACAAAAGUGAUCCUGUCUUUGUUGCUGUCUUUCAGCCUCUCCAAACUUUCCUAGUAGCCAUCAUGGCGUUUCUCAUCCUCGGCGAUCGGUUAUUCUCCGGCGGGGUUAUUGGUGCUGUUCUUAUAACACUUGGGCUUUACUCAGUUCUGUGGGGGAAAAGUAAAGAAAAGGAAUUAGAAGAAGAAGACAAGUGUUUGAAACAUCCCCUUUUGGAUACCCAAAAAGGGGAUAAAGAAGACAAUGUUGUUUCAGACAUACCAUGAAAAUGUAAUGUAAUUUCAUGAUAUUUGAAAAAUCUAUACAUAUUUUACUAGAAAGAGUGUUGUGAAGAAGUGGCUGAUCCUACGAGAUGAAGGAUGUUUGUUGUCUUGUUAGAGAUAAAAAGGCCAGAAUUUUUAACUUGUAAAACAAACUGUUUUCUGUUUUGUUUUUCUUUUUCUUUUUUUCAAACAAGAAACUGGGAAAUGUUGUUUGUAUCAAUCUUAAAGCAUACUGAAUUGUGAAGUACUUUUUUAUCUUGAUUUUUCUUU